GCACAAUAGUGGCUAGAUUUAUGGUGUGCAGACAGGCUAAGAAAUUGUUGGAGUGCUAAAAUAAAGCAGUAAAGAUUCCUUUCAUGUUAGGAUCAAGCAUCAGUCAAGGAUCAAUUCAACAGAAAGGAGUCCGAUACCACGUACACAAUGUCUGGAUUUGGACAUUUUAUCCUGUGCUACUAUAUUCUAGGAUAUAUUUGGUGCAGCUCCAGUGCUUGGCAGGUAACAAUGCCGAGUAAAAUCAAAGGAUUGUUGGGUUCCUGCCUUGUUAUCCCUUGCAGUUAUGAUUACUAUCAGUAUCCACCGAAAAGACCAGAUCGUGUAGUGUGGUAUCAAUAUGUGAGCAUAGGAUAUCCAAUAGUAUCUGACAACUGGAACAGGAAUGACGUGUUGGACAUAUUUAAAGGAAGAACAAGUGUAUUUACUUCUUCACACCAUCGGACAUGCAGUCUGUUGAUUAAACGAGUGACCUUGGCUGAUCACAGUCAGAAGCUUUAUCCCUGGGUGGAUCCUGAAAAUGUUGGAAAGGGAACCUACCGUUUCUUUGACACAACUGUAACAGUUGAAGUAGUGGGCACAGCAGAUCCACCGGUUAUCGAGAUCUUUGGAAACACGGAGGUUGGGCAGUCUGUAACAGUGCAAUGCAGUGUUUACCACACUUGUCCCACUUAUCCCCCAAGUCUGAGGCUCAACAUCCCACUGCGAAACGAACGUCUAACUCACAGUCCUCUAUCUGAUGGAAGAUCCAAAAUUAUGCUGACAACCACUCUGUUCAUAGAGAAAGAAUAUCAAACUGUGGAGUGCUAUGUCCAACACCGUGGUGGUCGCUCCGCAUCAGCAUCUAAAACCUUAACCUCAAAUUGCCCCAUUUCAAAGCUGACUGUCAGCUCUGCAUCAUAUGAAUUUCUGGAGGGAGAGCCAAAUAAAGUAACCUGCACUGUUUCAUACACAUGCAAUCAAAAUAUUCCAACUCUGACAUGGAAUUAUGGUAAUAUGCCAGCCUCUUCUGAUACUAGCAAGUUAUCAGGGGGGGCUCAGUGGAGGACUGUCUCCACACUGACAUUUACAGCAUCAGCCAAUGACAAUGGAAGAUCGCUGGUAUGUUUUGCACGUUUCCCUGGAGGUCAGACAAAAGAAGCAAGCAUCCCGCUACGGGUAAAGAAAAACAUGCUGAAUCGGGGUUGGUCUUUCACUGCUCCAAGCACCAUAACUGGGUUGAAGGGAUCAUGUCUCAUCAUUCCAUGUAAAUUCUCCUACAAAAACUCUCAGCCUAAUGACCUGCAAGUGAUGUGGUACUUGUACCAAAUCAAUGGAUUUCCAGCUGUAUUUAAGCAAGGAGGGAAUAUUAUUAGUAAGUUUAAUGGUCGAACUAGUUUAAUUGGAUCAGUGGCGAAGCAGAACUGUAGUCUUAAGAUUGAAAGGCUGGAGAUGUCCCACAACCAUGACCGACUUUAUCCAUGGAUAGAUAAGAACUCAAUUACUUCCUACCACACCGUAGGUCACUCAUUUUAUGAUAGAUCUACUGAACUUAUUGUUUCAGAACAUGCACCAGAACCAGAGCUAAAUAUUAUUGGUACUCCCAGAGUGGGAGAGCAGGGCACUGUGUCCUGCAGUGUGCGCCACGCAUGUAUUACUGCUCCCCCAACUGUAACCCUAAAUGGUAUACCUGGAAAAGAGCAGAUCACGGACACACUGGUAUCUGAUGGGAUUUGGGAAAGGACAGUAGAACGAAUUUGGGAAAUAAAAGAAGAGCACCAGAGUGUGACUUGUACUGUUAGCUACUCUGGGGGUCAGAAAGCCACCAAGGAAAUUCCACUUAAUGUUGAAUGUCCAUUUCAGGAAAUCACUAUGAAUGAACCACCAGGGGAGUUAACAGAGGGGAUGGCGAAGAAUGUCACUUGUUCUGUGAUCUUUAAGUGCAGGAAAAACACACCAAGUGUCAUCUGGAACUACAACAACAUGCAAAGUUCAUUAAACACCAAACAGACUCCCAACAACACAUACACUAUAGUGUCAAAUCUAACUUUUAUUCCCUCCCUAAGUGAUGAUGGUAAACUUUUGACUUGCACUGCUAAGUUUAUUAGUGGGGAGUUCUCAACGUCUGCAACUCUUACUGUAAAACAAUAUGAGAGAGAUCCAUUUGAAAAUUACACAACCUCUGCUGUGCCUGCCGACGUCCCUUUAAGAUUUAGUGCCUUGACUCGCUCCUGUGUGGUGAUUCCCUGCAGUUUCCAGUACAAAGAGGAUGAACCGAUGACCCGUGGCAUCUGGUCCAAAAAAAAAGGAGACAUUAUCUUCCAUAAUGGCCAAAGCUAUGUAAUUGACCAUUUUAAGGGCCGAACCAAAAUGUUAGGAAAUCUAAAUGAGGGAAACUGCUCACUGGAGAUUGAUGACAUCAAGCCCUUUGACAACGGACCCUUCUGUUUCUAUGCAGAGAAAGGACAUGAGACACAUACAUUCAACAACAGCUGUGUAUUUAUUAUUAUGAAAGCUUCUCCAGAAAAACCAGUGAUGACCCCCGUUCCAGAAGAAGUUGAUGCUGGUUCAACUAUAACUGUUUCAUGUUCUGUUACACACACAUGUUCAUCACAUCCUCCGGUGUUCUCAUGGAGUGUCUCUCACCUCACCAGUGAGGUCUCAGAGAUCAUGAUGUCACGAGGCACCUGGCAGACAACUUCCACAAUCACUUUUAUUGUUACUGUAGGAGAUGGAGUCAGAAACCUCACCUGUAACGCUAUCUUUUGGCGUAACAGGGAACAAGCCCGCACAGUCAGCUUAAAUGUGAAGGGAUCACUGAUGUACAGGUUUAAAUGUUCUGCUCCAGUGGCCUUUCCAGUCUCAUUUGUAGCUCUCAUCAUAAUCACCUUAGCUGCAGUGUUUGCAGUCUUCAUCUGGAGGAAAAGGAAACACACAGAUGAAUCACUGAAACCACCACCUCGACCAGAAAAAAGAAGAUCACUUUGGGAUAGAUUAUCCAGGAGAUACCCUGAUGACAGAGACAGACCACCAAGGCCAGAAAAAAGGAGGUCCAUUUGGAGUCGAUUUUCCCGAAAAGAAGAGGAUCGCAUGGCAUGGCAACAUGAGAGGAAGCCCAGGCAGUCAUUUUGGAGCCGAUUUUCAAGACGCCAAGGCCGCACUGCGAACAUUAGUGUUGCCUAUAGUAAAAACAGCAGCAAUGUAACCUGUGGAGCUGAGUCCAAUUUCUAUGUUGUUUGAUACAGUAACAGGAGACGACCAUCCCCUUUCAACCCUGAGAAUCAACUGUACAGCAACUUUUGACUUCUUCAAAGACGUCCCACAGACAUCUUAAUCUUUCAGGCUCAUGUCUCGCAAGUCUCCUGUUUCAAAGGUUAUCAUCUAGCUGAACAGCCAUUAUCAACUGCAAAGACACCUGAGGUGGCUUCUGUUAUGAAUACAUGCUAAUGCAAACUGUACUGUUGAUGUAGAUGUAUGAUAUGUGGGGUAAAGUUCUUAAUGAUACUGCAGGAUCUAAUGUUUUUAUAUAAAUUUCACUUGGCUUUCUUUGAAUUUCAUUUAAUUAGGUCAAUUACAAAAUGAUCUAGUAACUUGCUUUGCUUAAUCUUCUCACAUGAUAAACAGCAAUAAACAUGUUUUUU